UUCUUGCAAACAUGUGAAACAAACGUUACUAUGACUACAGUAUCGACCGGCGGCUUUUCCGGCGCUUUCCCCUGAAAUAUUCGCGUGACGUUGACUGAAACGGACCACCGAAGAAGUCUAGACCACUGUUGCAAUUGUUGGACUAUUCGCCUCUGAGUUACGUUGCGCGUCAAAGUGUGUGAUUACACGACUUACUGAUAUGCUUGAAUUCCGUUAGUUUGAAUACAUAAUCGAUUGUUAUUGUGGUAAUAGAGUCGCGGAGGUGAUGGUCCAGCAAUCGUGGACAAUGAGUGCACAUGCGAAGCGAACCGAAACGGGUAGCCGGUAGCGCGCAAACGUCCAUUUUUAAAAGCACUACGAAGUACUCAUUAGCCGGUGCACCGUGACUGAACUGCGCUUGGAAGAAACGCAAUGUGUGUGCAAUACGAGACGUUAGAAAGUGUAAUGUAUAGUGCUGUGCGAUGCUGUCAGUAAGCAAACCGACGUCGUUAGUCGAACAGAAGAAGCAACAGUGGGCGCGGGAAAAAGAGGAAAUGUCACAUCUUUACCUGCCCUGGGGCUCAGGUGAAAGAUAUACGAAUCGAUUGCAAGUCCGUAAUCAAUUCGCAAGCACAUUAGAAUUACACAAACAAUCUUCAUACGAAUAUCCUGAACCAGUUCAACGACAAAGAAGUCCAAGUCUACCUCCAAUACAUCACAUCGACGAUGAGAAAAAAUUGAAAGAUGAAAAAAAAAUAAACAUUCUUAAUCGCAACAUUCCGAGUGCUAAGAGAUUUUCGUUUUAUGACGAAGAUGGCGAAGGAGAUACUUCAGGAUAUGGGAGCGAAACUAUAAACCACAUGAAUAGGAAUAAUAACGAUGCGGUACAUGAUAUAAACCGAAAUCCUGUUGUAGCCUGGCAACAAACGACUAACGACGACAGGAAGAAAACAUCAAAUACCGGACCAGGUACAAAUGAGACACCGUGGUCAGCUCGUAGUCCGAGGACUGCAGAAGAAGGCCGUCUGCGAUGGGGAGACCGCGGUGUCGCCACAGGACGACUUUGGGAACCAACUGCACCAAACGCUCGGUUACCACAAAUGCCCAAUCAAAAGAAAGGAACUCCAUCAUGGGUCGAACGAGGUUUGAACAUGAUUGAAAAUUCGUCUGAAGUACUUAUUAUAGAUCAAAGAAGUUCAAGUAAUAGCACAGGACUUGACUGUGAUAGAUCAUCAUGUCAUGGCAGCGAUGAGGGAAGAACUUUUUUGAGAGGACAAAACGUUCCUUUAGAACCUGAAGUUAAAGCUCAGCGUGAAAGCAAACGCAUCAAAGCUUUAGAACUACAAACAGCUAUUUUGAACCAGUUAGAAGAAAGAGAAAAAUGUCGCCAAGAAGAAAAAGAGAGGAAACUUAAAGAAGAAAAAUUAGAGGAGUUGCGAAUGCUCAGGCAGCAAGAACAAGAUCGAAAUAGACUAGAGGAAGAAAAAAGGAGACACGAAGAAAAACAAUUAAUGGAGCAAAAAAAGCUUGAAGCUUUAAAGAAAGCUCUCGAUGACGCCGAAAAGAAGGCUAAGCAAGAAAAAGAAAAAAGGUUUACUAAUAUAAGGAAAAUGUUUAGUAUAAAUGCCGAUAGUGAAAAAAAAGAUAACUGUAUAGAGGCAACAACUGCUGAAACACCAUCUCAAUGUACAGCUGAGCCAAUAAGCCCUUCUAGAACUAAUAGAACAUACGACGCGCAAUCAACCAAAAGCCCAAAAAGAGAUUGUGCUUCUCAUCAAGCCUCGGGAUUCAACUCUCCAAGGUCGGCUGCUCCAGGAAACUUCAACUUAUUCAUACAUAAUAUGCCUCCUCCUCUAGCUUUAUCCGAAAAUCAAUUCAAUAUAGUGCCGAUAGCCAUUAAUAGCUGUUCGGACCUAAUUGGAACACAAACAAAUGGUAUACAAUUAGCUGUUUUAGUGCCACACAACUUAGCUCAAAAUAUUUACGGUAUGCCAAUAACAAAUAUAAAUGAUUUAUCUGAGGCUCAUAAAGUCUUAACACCAAAUAAAUAUCGCUUAAUCAAAAAAGAUGCAUGCACCCAAACCGAAGCGAGUGUAUUUCGAUGUACAUCAGAGACGAUGGUGACACUGGAUGAUCUUGAAAGAAAUAUAGAUAAAGACUAUGCUAACAUUGACGAAAACGCACCACAAGACAGUCACCAAAGUACAUUGAAAAAAGAUCGAAGAUUUCGUUCAGAAGAAAGAUACAAAAAAGAAUUAGAUAGUCGCCCAAAGUGGGGCGUGAAUAGGCCCGCGGCUCAGUACAAAAAACAAAGCGAAAAGGAUCCAUUUUACAGCCAAAAGAGAAAGGUUCGCCAGAAAUACAGGCCUCAACUACGGCAAUAUUUAUCACAAUCCAGUGAAGAUAGCCGUUCACCGAGUCCCCCAAACAGAUCUGAUAAAAACUUAAUAAAUAGUAACAAGCGAUUCUCUUUAAGUCAAUCAUAUUGGAGAAACAAGAGAACACAAGAAUCAACAAAAAGCAACACGAUGGAGUCAAUGAGCAAUUUGCAAUUAGAAUACAAUCAAAUAGAUCAAAUAACUGCAAAUGAAUUAUCUGAGAGUAAAAAAUCUCCUAAAAUAUCACCAACAAAAAGAUUAACUUUAUCACAAAAAUUUAUAAAUGACAAGUAUGGUAAUAGAAAAUUGUGGGUUGAGGAUAUUGACGAUAGAAAUGCGAAGUCUAACCUAUUUAAUACCGAAAACAGAAAAAGAAUUAUAGACCAAAUAAAUAAUGCAAAACGACAUUUCUUAGAAAGGAACGAAGAACAAGAAAACUAUGUCGUAAAUGCAAAAUUUUAA